GGGUCUUAUACUCUUUUGUCCUUUCCUGUAUGUGCGUGGGCAGCUUACUCCGGCAGUAGCCCGCAGUGGUUUCUUUGUCGGCGCCUGCCAUUGGGCACGAGCAGCAGUAGAAACGAAGGGAGGAUACGCGUCAAAUCGCUGCACGCUCUUCGUCGGAAGUCACCAUGGAUUCCUUCGCCGAGCAGGACAAGGUGGACCCGGAGCUGAUCUUCACCAAACAGGAGCGGAUCGGCAAGGGUUCGUUCGGCGAGGUGUUCAAGGGCCUGGACAACCGGACGCAGCAGGUGGUCGCCAUCAAGAUCAUCGAUCUGGAGGAGGCAGAGGACGAGAUUGAGGACAUCCAGCAGGAGAUCAUGGUGCUGUCGCAGUGCGACUCGCCCUACGUGACGCGCUACUACGGCUCCUACCUGAAGGGCACCCGGCUGUGGAUCAUCAUGGAGUACCUGGGCGGCGGCUCGGCCCUAGACCUGAUGAAGGCGGGCCGCUUCGACGAGCUCCACAUCGCCGUCAUCCUGCGCGAGGUGCUCAAGGGGCUCGACUACCUGCACUGCGAGCGCAAGCUGCACCGCGACAUCAAGGCCGCCAACGUGCUGCUCUCCGAGAUGGGCGACGUCAAGCUGGCCGACUUCGGCGUCGCCGGCCAGCUGACCAACACCACGAGCAAGCGGAACACGUUCGUGGGCACGCCCUUCUGGAUGGCGCCGGAGGUCAUCAAGCAGUCGGCCUACGACUCCAAGGCUGACAUCUGGAGUCUGGGCAUCACGGCGAUCGAGUUGGCAAAGGGCGAGCCACCGAACUCUGACUUGCACCCAAUGCGUGUCCUCUUCCUCAUUCCCAAGAACAACCCGCCACAGCUGACUGGAAACUACAGCAAGCAGUUCAAGGAGUUUGUUGAAGCCUGCCUCAACAAGGACCCAGAGAAUCGACCAACAGCAAAAGAACUGCUCAGGUUUCCAUUCAUCCGAAAGGCAAAGAAAACCUCCUACCUAAUGGACCUUAUAGAGAAGUAUAAGCGAUGGAAAGCAGCUGGGGGUGGCCAAAGUGACAGCGACUCAGAGACAUCCGAUUCGGAUGAGUCCAAGAUGAACGACACAUGGAAGAGCCUACGUUGGGACCUGGGCACAGUCAAGGCACCUCCUGGGUCACUUGACCUGCGUGGCUCUCCACCCGACAACUACCGGCCCAAAGGCGGGCGCCUCAACGGCGAGAGCUCUCCAACAACAGUCGGCAUGCUGCCUUCCUCGGAUGUAAUCUACAGUCGCACUCCUGAGCCAAAGCUGGCCUCGUCACCUACUCGGCCAUCAAGCAUGGCUCCCAUGCCACCUUCGUCUUCGCCAUAUCGGUCAUCGUACAACCGUGACCAGGGUGAUGUGACCCCAGAUGGGGACAGCUCGCCUCCGCUGGCCAGCAGCCCCAGCAAGGAGCUGCGCAACCACACGGUGUCACCCGAGCCCACCUCCCAUAGUCGAAGCAGCAACAGCAGUAGCGGCGGUGGCAAUGGUGGCAGGGACUCCUCCUCGUCCCUCGGCAGCUUGCAGUCUCCGCCUGCAUCACCUACCAAGUCAGCGUCACCGGCAUCUCCACGAGUUAAUGAUGCAAGUGGCAGCAGUGCCAUUGAGCCUCUCCUUAACGAGGCUCAGAGGAGGCAUAAGACCAGCCACCGCAACUCCGGCGGAGAACUCACUGAGGCUGUUGAUGAAUUACGGGAUGCAUUCGAGCGUGCUGAGCGAGCUUGCCCAGGCAUCUGUGAUGUCUUUCUCUGUGAGAUGCUGCACCGGCUUGCACCUGGCCUGAGCCUCCAUCGGAUACAGGAUGCCCUUCAGCGGCUAAGGGAAAGUGCGUAAUGAUUUCUCGACACCGGGGUAGCCAUGGCAAAGGUAUCCACACAUUGUAAUGACUACUACACUUGCCACAGCAGUUUUGCUGCUUCCCUCCAGCGGUGUCUCCAGCGGUGUCUGCAACAGUGGCGACCUCCUGAAUGAAUGCACAACACGGGCAAUACCGGUGCCCAAUUCCAACAAGCCUGCAGUGCUCCCUUCUGUCUCCUUCGGAGUGAUGCGAAUGUGUCUGGAACCGGUGUGCACCCAAGGAAGCAGCAGCCAGCCAGUGAACUAACAAAUGGAAGAUGAAGUUGCUUUGUUUAGAUUAAGGCGAAGCAGAUGCCCGUUUAUACCUGGUGCAGAAUGGUAGCAGUUUGAGAACCCUUCCAACGUUCCAACUUAAAAGUCGAGCCCUCGUAUGCAGGGCAUGAAAAGGAGGAAUGAAGCUGCAAAAUGCAAGACUGGCCUCUGUUGCCAUUGUCAUUAAGGACAGCAGUCCUCAACCAUGCCGUUCUUUUUUUUUUUUUCCUUGUUUGUAAAAUUUUUAUGGCUGUUAAAAGGGGCGUUGCGAUGCCACAUGGACUGUCAUUGUGACAGUUGCAUUUUACAUGUCAGUGUCACUGUCAGCCCCUUUGAUCACAUGUGAGAAAAUGUAGCUGGUAGUGCAGCUCCAUUGAUGUGGAAGUGCACACUUGAGAUGAGCCAAGCCUUGACAUCCUGGCAAGGCCGGACUUUUCCUGUUUCUUCUCGCUCUGCCUUUAGAUGGGGCGCCUAGCUCUCCCCCUUGCCAGCGGCCCUUGCUUGUCUAGUGUCUCCAUGUGACAAGGAAGCCCCCGUUUCUGUUAUUUAUGUACAUCGGCCAGCCAGCACAGUGUGUUAGCUGCUAGAUUCAUCAUUGCAACAGUGGGUUGCCAAGAAAAUGAAAAUUCUCGUUUCAGUUUGUAAGAAAAGAAGAAAUGAGAAUUUCCACCUGGCUGGAUACCGUCGCCUGUGUACUUCCUUGCCACUCUGAAGAUCGCUGUGUGAAUGCGCGGUGUCAGUUGUGCAAGUGCUGCUUGCAUGCACGUGCGUCACCUUUUGUGUGCAGAGAACGAAGUGCCAGUGAAGUGACUGAGGUAGACCAAACAAGUGCAAGGCAGAAGAUCAACCAUGAAAUGGUCAUGCAAAGCGCACACGUGUGCUUCUCUUCCGGUGAACAUGGACAUGUCGACACAUCUUGGCGACCUUGUGUGUGAUUCCUUUGUGAGAGCCACCCUUUGUCAUGUACAACAGUACAGUCUUCCUUUCCAGCUGAAGUAGCGCGUUGUGUCCUCAGACAUCCCACUUGACUAUGUUGUUUCUGUCCUAGUAGCACAUGCAAGCUGGGUUAUCCUUUAGAAGUGCAAACUUUUUAAUUGUGGGAGGUUAUGCGCUGUGAUGCCGCUAGCCACACUUCACUCGUGAAUGUCUCUUCUGUUUCCUUCUGUUGUCUCCUCCCGAGUAAUGAGCAUACCCUCUCACUGAAGUGUACUUAAUGAUGGCUAAAGAGGACAGGUGUGAAGUAUGGGAUGCAAGACUGUGAAGUCAUGAGGAGCUUAGAGUGUCACGAUCUUUUUCUCUCCCUACCCUUUUUUCCCCUCUUUAACGCUGAAAGCAAGUUCUCAGCUGCAGCAAAACACAGUGGCCAACUGGCCACACAACACCGCUUGUACAAGGGGUGAUAUUUGUUGCCUUUCGCAAGCUGCUGUGGCCUGUCUGUGCCCUUGAUGCCUAGCUCAGCGCAAAGCACUUGUUUAAGCAUCAACAGCAAUCCAAGCUGACUCGUCUUGUCUCGUGACGCAUACUUUUCGCGAUGACAUAUCAUACUUGUUGAAGACGGUCACGAAGCUCUAGUUGUUUGUACAGCAUCGAGUAAGCAGAAUGAAAAAAAAAAAAAGUUAUUUUUUUGUAAGUUGUGCAAGCAGUGAAAAAAAAAAAGACACCUGACUGCAGUGUUUUAGCAUCCAAGGUUGUACAGUUUCCAUGCAUUCUCCUGCCUUGUUUCUUUGUCGUUGUUCUGCCUGCUCUUGCCUUGCACACCUGUGCUCCUUUUUUGGAGAAUUGUGCAGAAUCAACUGCAUGGAGAGGGGGGACUACCUUGCGAGUACACUGGUUCAUGAUCUACUUAGUAGUGAUGCAAAGUUACGGAGCUUUCGCCGGUAAAUUGUGGCAUAGUUUGCAUCACAAAUGUAUAAGUUUAGGUGAUGUUUUCUGCUGCAUUGCUUUCAUGGGACCAGCUAAGUUGAAAUCUGUUGGCAUUUGUAAAAAUAAUAAAACAAAUUGAGAUGCUAACUACCAAGUGUCAUCAUUUGGCUGCUUGGUAGAGUCAACGAGAGCCUUAUGGAGGUUAAAAAUUUAGAUCUACAUGUAGUUUACUUUUGCCAGUGCCACUUGUACUUCCAGCCUAUAAUGAGCAUAUGAACUACUGAAUACCUUUAGUGUUACCUGACUGAGUCAAUUCCAUGCAGUGGGCACAAAUGCAUCAUUUAAAUUAAACAUGAGACAGGCAUACGUAUGCCUUGUAGAGCAUGUAAAAUAACAAAGCUGUGAUUAAAGUCAUCACUACACUGUUGCAGGCUAUGCUGCUUGCAACUUUGCAUCGCUACUGCAUUGUAUGCACCAGUGUUUACAUCUCACCACAGUAACAAAAUUAUGGCAGAAAAAGAAGUUGUGUUGGAAGUGUUUUUCGCUGUUGAAUUGUGCAAGUGAGACUAAUUUAGACCUGAAUAUUAAACUGAUUUCUUCAGCACUUUGGUGGCGAAUCGUCUUGUUCAUCAUAUUCAUACCCGUUGACCACAUGCAGACACGUCCAGUGUUGUCAUAUAUCAUAGUAUUCAAGAUGAGGAGUACCCUCUUCAAACAUGUACCUUCACUCUGAGUACCUAGAGCCUAGAGAGCCUCCUAUUUUUACUUCACAUUAAAAAAGAGAGGGGGAGCUACAAUAAUGUUCACAUACAGCAUAGAAUAAAGAUAUAAAAAGAGCACUAUUCUGCAAACAUUAUUUUCGAUUUCUGAGUAACUGGGGCCAGAAUAGAGAAUUAUUUAGUAUCAGAAAAAAACUUCCACAGAAGAAGCAGAGAAAGUCCAAGGAUUUACCUUGUGCCGGCUUUUGCGAUUGCUUCACAUUUCAAUUGCAUGACAUGUAGAACAUGUGGGUGGCUUCGUUUGCAGCCUAUCGGCGGGUUGUAGAGCUACGUGGUUGAAGUUAGAAACUUGCCGUUCACUGUUAAAUUUGCAGCACGGAUAGAUAAAGAUACUUCCCUUCCCUGGUGAACUGUUGCUGCAUGCAUAAAAGAUUUGUUCCUGCUUUUUGCACAGUGAGCUUGGCUUUUAUUCCUCGGGUAUAGGUCAAGUGUGUUGACAUUCUCCUUCCCUCAGCAGUGUCCUUUCCUUGCCUGGCACUUUUUGUCCUGUCAGAGGUGUAAAUUAGGUUUAUAAUGUUCUGCUGCUGCGAGAACAGACCCCUCAGACCUGUACUUAGAGGCAAGAAAAGGGAGAGCUUUUGUUUCUUGUCUUUUCCCUGCCUAGCUCGUUCUUUGCAAUGCACUGUCAACAGGAAGGUGUAAAUACAAAGUGUGACAUAUUGACAAUAAAUUUUUCAGAAACAA